CUUCAUUUUUUGCUUUGUCUUCGCUCCUUCGCACCCAUCCCAACACUUUUAUUCUGUAAUAGUGCUCUUGACCAUGACGAUCUCUGAAACUACUAGUACUAGUACUUCUGCUGAUACCGGUGCCAACACCGGCAAUGACGACGAUAACUACAUUGCCGCAAUCUACUCCUCAAAGCGAGGAGUUCCCUUUGACAGCCGCGAAGAAAGCGUCAAAGCCAUGAGGGCAUUGAUGGGACAGCAAGAUUCCAAUGACACGCCAACAGUCACCCAAUCUCAGCGUCCUCCUCUCUCCAAUGUCCAUGGACAAGGUCCCAUGUUUCUAUCGGAUAUCCCCAAGUCCGCUCGACGUCCCGGUGUUUGUGUUGGCAUUGACGAAGCAGGUCGAGGGUCCGUCUUGGGGCCCAUGGUCUAUGGUGCCGCCUUUUGGAAUUCCUCGCUGGACAAUAAUAAGGACGACAAGGGCAAGGGCAUUAUCCCCAAAGGAUUCCACGAUUCCAAACAAUUGACCGAUGACACCCGCGUCUCACUGUUGGAACAGUUGAUGGCAUGUGCCGAGAUUGGCUGGUGCAGUCGCAUCUUGGAAGCCAGUGAGAUUUCGCGCAACAUGCUACGGGCGGGUCUCCCCUACAAUUUGAAUCACAUGUCUCAUGAUGCCGCCAUGGCCAUGAUUGAAGCCAUUCAAAACGCCGGUGUCGACAUUCAAACCUGCUACAUUGAUACCGUAGGGAAUGCGGAUCAUUACAAGCGCAAGUUGGAACGCAAGUUUCCCAAUUUGGAGUUUGUCGUAGAAAGCAAAGCGGAUGCCAAGUAUGCUACCUGUUCGGCGGCUUCUGUAGUCGCCAAGGUCCUUCGGGAUCGCAUGAGUGAAACCUGGCAAUUCACGGAACCACUCGCUGCCACCAAAACUGUUGUCUCGCGAGAGUUUGGAUCGGGAUAUCCCUCGGAUCCCAAAUGCAAGCAGUGGAUGGCCAACAACCUGCACGACCCCGUCUUUGCGUGGCCGGAUAUGGUACGAUUCAGUUGGGCACCAGCAAAGAAGACACUCCUCACAGACGUGGCAGCGAUGGUGGCCUUUGAAGCGGAUGAAGAGGAGGACGAUGACGCGUUGAUGGAUAUGGCCAGCAAAAAACGACAGCAAGCGCAAAUGAGUGCCUUUUUGAAAAAGGGAAAGAAAGAUCGGCGUAUGCCAUUUUUUGAAGAACGGAACCUGGAGACGGUCAGUGAUCUAUUUUGAUUCUUGUGUGGAUAGCUGUGCCAAUGCGCUUGCAUCAAAGGGCCGCUACCGUUACCGUUAGUAACUACAGUACGAUAGCUAUCUGGACUUUUUAUAAUGGAGUUUUGUGGGGCUUUUCUCGCCAGCCGAAGCGGGAACUCUAGUUUGGCUGAAGCACGACGACGAGUAGACUGGAGGAAUACACACGAGGCAAUAAGAGCUUGUUCCUCCACAAAAUUACUACUAUCGCUUGUUUAUGCAAUUGACGAGCCGCCAGAAGUUCCAUGACUCACACAGGAAGCGAUCCUCGUGCUCAAAUGCUCCUGGCAGCAGAGUGAGGGCAGGGUACUCUGGACCCAAACAAUCCACCCACAUCAUCCUCUUCUCCUCGGAGCGGUUAUCUUCCAAGAAUCCAUUCUCAAGAGCCAUCACACUCCAACAUACAUGUUCAGGAGCCAUCACCAAAGAUUUCUGUGGAACAGUUUUGGGCUAUGUGUAUCCUUCAAAUGGACAACCGUUUUCCAUGGCGUAUUUCAGUAUUUCCAAAUGACCAUAAUAUGGUUCCAAAUGACCAUAAUAUGCAGGCAGCAGCAAUGCAAACCGGACUUGUGCUUUUCAGGUUCAUGUUGACAGAGGGGGUACCGUACGGUACAGUACAAGAGUAAUGGUUGCCAUUUGCGGAGCUUGACCUCGUGAGGAGUCGUCACAAGAAGU